AUGGGAAGAUCGCCAGAAAAGUUGGAUAUCCCAUCCCACCCUGCGCAGCCUUUGGUAAUACAGACAGUCUCUCAUAUGGAGGGGAGAAAACGCCCUAGCAAAAUGUUUCCCCCGUACAGGCAAAGAGGGGUACAGUUUCGAUGGAAGAAGCGAGGACUGAAUCGGGGCUAUAUAAACAUCUUCCAAAGAUGUGCAGAGAAUAGGAAGUAG